CUUAAAGUCUAUGGACCAGUUAUGUUAAUGAAAGCUGUUAAUUACUUUAAAUAGAAUGGUGAAUUCUGAGGAAGAAGCAGCUGGUGUGUUGAGCCACUUCUAACUGAGGACUGAAAAUGCCAGCAGUUGAAAGUGAGGCAAAGGCAAAAACCAAAGUCCGCUUUGAGGAAAUCUUCAGACGUCAUGCUGGCCUAACAGACACAAAGAAAUCAAAGAAAAAGAAGUUUCCCUCUCAAGAGAAUAUUGUGCUUGACACCUUUAGAAGUAAUAUUGAUCUAGCUAAGGAAAGUGUGAAUGAUGAAGCAAUUAUAAACAACACGUAUAAUCCUGAAGAAGAGAGUCCCCGAUUUACAAAAAAUAAACUGAGAGAGAAAGCCUCAAUUGCAGAGAAAAUAAAUAAUGAUAUUGUUAGUGGAGAGGAGAACAAGCAACCAAAGUCUAACAAGAAGAAAAAGAAAUCACUGAUACAAGAACAAUUUAAUGAGGAGGAAAAUUUAUAUGAAGCUAAAUUGGAGAGUUUUGAGAAAAAGAUUAAUGAUUUUCCAAAGAAGAAAACAAAAAGUAAAUCACAAACAGAUGUACCUCAUCAAGAAGGUGAUAGAAAGAUUCAAAAUUCCUUGACUGAAGUGAGAAAUGUAACUGAAUUAGAAGAGGAAGAAGAGCUAAUUCGAGCCUAUCAGCUGCAUGUGGCUGAGGAUGAGGCAAAUGCAAUUAAAAAGAAAAUAAGAAUGAAACUUCAAGAACAGAUGUCUGAAUUUACCUCCAGUGUUCAAAGCCAUGAAGUUGUAUUGAACAAUGAAGUGGGCAAAAAGAAGAAAAAGAAGAAAGAAAUAGCAGUUUUAAGUGAAGCUGAAACAAGUGCAAUGUCCCUUUCUGAGCUACAGCAUCAUCCAGCAGAAGAUGGCAAUGAAAAUCAGUCAUUGGAGAGACUGUUUACAUCAGAAGGACAGAAACUGGAGGAAAGCAUGGAAAAACAGAAACCUAAAGCAAAGAAGGUUAAAAAGAAAACCAGAAAAGAAGAAAGCACAGAAGUUGCUACAGAAAAUGACAAGGAAAUGAAGAAUUCAGAAAUUUCAAGUCAGUCUAAAUUUGGUUUUGAUGACGAUCUUGUGUUGGGAGUUUAUAUCCAUCGAUCUGAUCGACUUAAAACUGAUCUCCUGGUAUCUCAUCCCAUGGUUAAAAUCCAUGUUGUUGAUCAGAGAAGUGGCUUAUACGUCAAGAAGGAUCAUAGCAAGAGGAAAGUUUCAUCUUAUUAUGAACAGGAACAAAUAGAGCACGUUCUUCCUAUUAUGACACAACCAUAUGACUUCAGGCAGUCUAAAUCAACAGUUCCAGAGUGGGAGGAGCAAGUUAUAUUUAAUGAGCGUUUUAGUUAUUUUAUUCAAAACACUGAAGAAAGUCCUCCGGUAAUCCUGUUUUUUGAGAUCCUUGAUUUUCUAAGUAUGGAUGAAGUGAGAGCCAACUCUGAUGUACAAAUUCAGGAAUGUGGUUUCCGAAAAAUUUGUUGGGCAUUUCUAAAGCUUGUAGGUGCAAAUGGAGUUCGAAACGUUGAUGGAAAACUCCGUCUGCAAUUAUAUUGCCCACCUCCGAGGACCAAGUCACAUUUGAAUGUUGUUGAGGUUUAUGACUGGUGGGCAAAAUGUCCUAGAAAGCGUUACCCAUCAACUUUAUAUGUAACUGUAAGAGGCAUAAAACUGCCAGAUCAUGUUGCUCCUUCUUUCCGCUCUAUGAUAGCUGUUCAGCAGGAACAAAGUAGUGCAACGCUGUGUGAGCUCCAGAGAGAGGGAUCUAAAAAAUCAUGUGAACCUUUUCCAGAGGAGAAAAAAGAGCCAUUUAAAUGGACAAGAUUACCUGGACAGGUUUGCCGCAUACCGAACAAGCAUCUGUUUUCACUGCGAGGUGGAGAAAUGGGCUGUUUCUGUAUUCGUUUCUCUCAUGAUGGGAGAACACUGGCAGCAGCAUGUGCAGGAAGGAAUGGCUAUCCCAUUGUUUUGUACGAAAUGCCUUCUGGACAGUUCCUGAGAGAAUUUUAUGGUCACCUUAACAUAGUGUAUGAUCUUUGCUGGUCAAAAGACAAUCAGUACCUUCUUACUGCAUCCUCCGAUGGCACUGUCAGAAUGUGGAAAAUAGAAAUGCAGGCGGCAUCGGCUGUGAGAGUUUUCCCUCAUCCUUCAUUUGUUUACACUGCAAAGUACCACCCAAUUGCUGACUCGUUGGUCGUGACAGGAUGUUACGACUCAGUGAUUAGAAUCUGGAAUGCAAAUGUGAAAGAAAUCCAUGGACAACUGCUACAGGAGCUUGAUGGUCACAAAAGUUUUGUCAACACACUUUGCUUUGAUGCAGAAGGGCUCCACAUGUUCUCAGGAGAUAGUUCAGGACUGAUAAUAGUUUGGGAUACAUCUGUCAAAGGAAGUUCUCAACACAUGUUUCAACAUUGGAGAAUUAAUAAGGAAAUAAAAGAAAAUGAUAUUAAAGGAACAUCAAUAAAUCAUUUGGAGGUGCAUCCAAAUGGAAGGCGUUUAUUAAUCCAUGCCAAAGACAGUACGCUGAGAAUCAUGGAUCUCAGAAUCUUGGCUGCAAAGAAAUACAUAGGUGCCACAAAUUACAGAGAAAAGAUUCACAGCACCUUCACACCAUGUGGUACAUUCCUAUUUUCUGGAAGUGAAGAUGGAAAGGCUUAUGUUUGGAAUCCAGAAACAGGAGAUCAGGUGGCCGUAUAUUCUGAACUCUCCUUCACAUCUCCACUUCGUGAUGUUGCCUUUCAUCCACACGAACACAUGGUGUCAUUUUGUGCCUUUGGUCAAAACCAGCCAAUACUUGUAUACAUUUAUGAUUAUAAAGUUGCGCAACAGGAAGCUGAACUCGUAAAGGAUCUCAGUUCAUCACUUACCACAGCUGCACCAAGAGGGCCACAGAUAUUCAGCAGUUUUUCUGAAAUUCCUAUACAAAAAAGUUCAGUGAUGUCUCCGGCAGAUCAGUUUGUCAGUGUUGCAAGAGCAUCAAUGAGAAUGCAGAAGGUGAAACAAAAACUUGAUUCUGUUAUG